AUGUCUUACAUCGACUCUGGCAAGUCCGAGGGCGCCACGCUGCACCUUGGCGGCCAGCGCCACGGCGACGAGGGCUACUGGAUCCAGCCGACGAUCUUCACGAACACGAAGCCGAACAUGAAGAUCGUGCAGGAGGAGAUCUUCGGGCCCGUCGGCGUGGUCAUCAAGUUCGAGGACGAGGAAGAUGUCGUGCACCAGGCGAACGACUCGAUGUACGGCCUCGCCGCCGCCAUCUUCACCCAGGACAUCACGCGCGGGCUGCAGAUGGCGCACAAGCUGAAGGCGGGCACCGCUUGGAUCAACUGUGCGAACCAGCUUCACGCAGCGAUUCCGUUCGGUGGGUUCAAACAGUCGGGUGUCGGAUGCGAGCUCGGCGAGUAUGCACUUCUCCACUACACCUCGGUCAAGGCGGUCCACGUCAACCUCGGCCACAAGAUCUAA